UUCCUGUCUCACCCUGGCAUCUUUGCUAAGGGUCACAUUGAGCUGUGAGCUGCUGCAGGGGCGUCUUUAGGAGUCAGCAUCAUGGCAGAAGACAUCAAGACCAAAAUCAAGAACUAUGAGACUGCCUCUUUUGACAGCCACUUCCCCAACCAGAACCAGACCAGGAACUGCUGGCAGAACUACCUGGACUUCCACAACUGCCAGAAGGCAAUGACGGCGAAAGGGGGUGAUGUCUCUGUGUGUGAGUGGCACCGGUGUGUGUACAAGUCCCUCUGCCCCAUAUUCUGGGUCUCGACUUGGGAUGACCGCUGGGCAGAAGGCACAUUCCUGGGAAGAUCUGAACUAGUUCCACCCUGCCUCUCCUGUCUUCUGUCCUUCUCCCAGGGUAGAAAAGGGGGACCUGGGUACUUGGUAGUUCCUACCCUGGACUGAAUCAUGACUUAACUAAUAAAAAUUCACUGGAAAAAUCUAAAAAAAAAAAAAAGAAAGAAAGAAAUAUUCAUUGCAAAACAUCUGAGAAAUAUAGAAAAGUAUACAGAUCCUCUAUGAUCCUCUAGUAAUGACUAUCUGUUAACAUUUUGGUGUGUGUCUCCAUAUUUUUCUGUUCUUAUGCACAAAUG